GCCGCGGGAUGGGGCGGGUGCAGCUCUUCGAGGUCCGCCUGAACCACGGCCGCGUCGUCUACAGCCCGGGGGAGCCGCUGGUGGGGGCCGUGCGCGUGCGCCUGGCGGCGCCGCUGCCCUUCCGAGCCAUCCGCGUGACCUGCACGGGGUCCUGCAGGGUGUCCAACAAGGCCAACGACUCGGCCUGGGCGGUGGAGGAGAGCUACUUCAACAGCGCCCUGUCUCUGGCCGACAAGGGGAGCCUGCCUGCUGGAGAGCACAGCUUCCCCUUCCAGUUCCUGCUUCCUGCCACGGCUCCCACGUCCUUUGAGGGCCCUUUCGGGAAGAUUGUACACCAGGUGCGGGCCACCAUCGACACGCCACGUUUUUCCAAGGAUCACCAGUGCAGCCGCGUGUUCUACAUCUUGAGUCCCCUGAACCUGAACAGCAUCCCAGACAUCGAGCAACCCAAUGUGGCCUCCACCACCAAGAAGUUCUCCUACAAGCUGGUGAAGACGGGCAGCGUGGUCCUCACGGCCAGCACCGACCUCCGAGGCUACGUGGUAGGGCAGGUGCUGCGGCUGCAGGCAGACAUUGAGAACCAGUCAGGCAAGGACACCAGCCCGGUGGUGGCCAGUCUGCUGCAGAAAGUGUCCUACAAGGCCAAGCGCUGGAUUUACGACGUGCGGACCAUCGCCGAGGUGGAGGGGGCCGGCGUCAAGGCCUGGCGGCGGGCUCAGUGGCAGGAGCAGGUUCUGGUGCCCGCCCUGCCCCAGUCCGCCCUGCCGGGCUGCAGCCUUAUCCACGUGGACUACUAUCUGCAGGUCUCCCUGAAACAACCGGAAGCUGUCGUGACGCUCCCGGUCUUCAUCGGGAACAUCGCUGUGAACCACGUCCCACUGAGCCCCUGGCCAGGCCCCGGCCUGGUAGUACCCUCGGCGCCGCCCCAGGAGGAGGCGGAGGCUGUGGCCAGUGGCCCUCACUUCUUCUCGGAUCCUGUCUCUCUCUCCACCAAGAGCCACUCCCAGCAGCAGCAGCCGCAUGCAGCCCUUGGCUCUGUGCCCCACGGUGCCCCAGAACCCCGUCCUCAGGAUGGCAGCCCUGCUCCGCACCCUCUGCCACCUCCCUUGUGCAUCUCCACAGGUGCCACUGUGCCCUACUUUGCAGAGGGUUCUGGAGGUCCGGUGCCCACCUCCAGCACCCUGAUCCUCCCCCCGGAGUAUAGCUCGUGGGGCUACCCCUAUGGUGAGUGGGGGCCUGGGGCCUGGCGGGGAGGGAGUGCCCCGGGCCCUGUGCAGACCUGGCUGUCUCCCUGCAGAGGCCCCGCCGUCCUAUGAGCAGAGCUGUGGUGGUGUGGACCCUGGCUUGACCCCGGGGAGCUGACCCCACGCCAGCUCCUCUGGACGGGCGGCCCUCUGCCCUGGGACGGGGCGCCCAGGACCUCGUGCCUUCACUCCUGGCCUGGCCCGGCCCACUCAGGACCCGCUGCUGCCCGCUCUUCCCGCGGCCUCUACCUCUGGACCAGCCUCUGCCCCGGCCAGCCUCCUCAGCUCCCCAGCAGUCGGCCUCUCCCAGGGGGUUGAGGCCUAGAGAGACGCGGUGUAAAUAAAGUGCUUC